ACGACCAUUACACUGCCGCCACUACACCUACACCAUGUCGGUCUCCUUCAGAUCAUUCGUACACCCGCUAGAGAUCCCACGGCAGGACGCGACCGUACAAGAACUGCUCGACGUCGAAGCAGGGGAACAAUGGAUAUACGGUCAACAUGGCGUAGGAUUGUACGAAGGCAAUUCCAAACUGCCGAACCACCAGAUCCUCUCGGUUCAGCUGACGACCCAUCGGAUCCUCCUCCUCGCUACCUCUCCGCCCCCACCUACUGCCUCGACGAGCUCAAAUCCGUCGGAUCCACCGGCAUUGAGCUCGAACCUUCAGGUCUCGUUGUCGGAUAUCAGGCAGACGGAAUACUACAUGGGUUUCAUCAGGUCGAGCGCCAAGAUCACGCUCUUUCUCGGAGAGAAUCCGGACAUCUGGGGGGAUCGCGAUAGGGGUACAAAUGGAAAUGGCGCGAAUUCGGGUACAUCCACGAAUACACAUUCGAACGGCACUGCCGCCGCCUCGAAGGAGGAUUCGACCUGGACCUGCAACGUCUGCGGGUAUUCCAACCCUACCCCGACUUCCCUCGCACGGAGUAACACCCUUGCUCACCAAACGCCUCGUUGUGGGCUCUGUGGUGUCGUCAAGGACCUCGUCAAAGCGCCUUCAUCCUCUCGACCUUCCACUCCGACUAUCGGCGUAACCCCAAGUCCGACUCCGAAGGUGAUCACGACACCCCGGUCGGACUCCCCCAGGACGACCAACCACCCAGAGAACAACGUCGGUGGGGAAGGGUUCGAGAUCCCCUGUCCUCGAUGCACUUUUCUUAAUCGACCCGAAUUGAAACGGUGCGAAGUCUGUUCGGGCAUCUUGGUCCCACGGGGCGCCACGACGCUCGUGCCCGAUAACAAGAUCGAUGGGAUCAUCAGGACCGAUUCUCCCGUGCCGACCUUACCUCUACCCGCCCCCAUACCACAAACUACCGCUAAGACAGGUGGUCAUCAGAACGAGAUGGCGACCCUCAGGAUAUCGUUCAGAAAGGGAGGCGAGAAGGAGGUCUAUAAACGGCUGCGUACGGUGUUGAGCGCCAAAGCUUGGGAGAGGGUAAGGACGAGAGGGAGGGGUGGAGGCGGACAAGGUGGGAGUGCGGGUGACGCUGGUCUCGGAGGUGGUGGUGAAGCGGCAGUUAGGUCUGGCUUCGGGAUAGACGGCAUCCUGCAAAAUAUCUCGCUCGAAAACAAGGCGCAACAGGGCAAUGUCGAGGAUGCCUUCAAGGACCUCGAGGCGCUCAUGGUCCGAGCAGGAGAAAUGGUCAAAUUGGUGCAGACCCUCAAUACCAAGUUGACUCAGCAACAGGCCAACAGCAGUACAGGUGCCAACGGUACAGGGAACGGCCAGGCAGAGGACGAGGCGACGCAGACGUUCUUGAGGUCUUCCCUCGUACAACUUGGGUUGCCCGCACCGGCCAUCACCUCGGACAUGGUGGCUGACGAACGCAAGUACCUCGAGGGGCUCGCCAAGGAGCUAGGGGGGUUGUUGACCGGCAAGACGGGUGGGAGGGAGGAUGACGGCUUGAUGGUAGGGAAGAACGGAAAGGGGUUGGUCGGCAUGGACGAGGCGUGGGGAAUAUGGAAUCGGGCGCGCGGUGUCUCGCUGGUCUCUCCUUCGGACUUUCAAAAAGCUAUACCGUUGCUGGCAACGCAUACCCGACCCAAGGUCGAGCUGAUGACUUUUCCCAGCGGUCUAUCCGUUCUGCACACCCCUUUCUAUCACCCGAAGAUUUUCAGUAAUCGACUCGCAAGCCAGCUCACGCCGACCGAUUCGGACGAGGUGGAAAAGGCAAUGUCGACGGUCGAAAUCGCCUUGACGGAAGGCCUGUCCGUAGGGCUCGCCAAAGAAUUGGUGCAUCUGGUGGAAUCACAGUUUGGGCAGGUCGUCAGGGACGAACAGGCACAAGAGCAGGGUGGAGGGGAGAGGUGGUAUAGGAAUCUCAUCAAUGAUACCCAGAUGUGUGACAUAUAAUCGAGGUAGAAGGAACGGGCUGGAAAUGCUCUGCGACGUUGUAACCGGCAUCCUCGGCGAUGACAUGAUACCAACAGGAUCACUUGUUGCGUGAUCAAACCGUAGUCACUACUGUCUUAGCAUCGUCCGUAUCGCUGAUGGUGCUCUGGUUCCCG